UCAGCCUCUUCGCAGGCAGCCGGUCGGGCAGCGCAGGCAGCAGCUGCAGCAGCCCGGCUUUCCUCUCACCUGUGGGGCAGGAGCCCCGGCCGGUGCUCCCCUCUCCACCAUGAUCCUUUGGCUGUGGCUCUGCUGGGGCUUCUCCAUCUCAGCAGGGCAGCCCGACUCGGAGCUGAUGGCGAGGUACCUGGAGGAGAAGCUGUUGGCAGACUACAGCAUCAUGGAGCAAGUUGCACGCCGUGUUCCAAGACAGGCCAAAUUUUUGCAGAGGCUGGAAACCAGGCCUCGGAUGUCUGAAUUCACUGUGAAGUCCACCAUCAUUUCUCGGUAUGCUUUCACCACGGUGUCGUGCACGAUGGUGAACAGUGGAUCUGAGGCACGUGAAGCUGUGUUUGAGAUGCAGAUCCCAGCUGCAGCCUUCAUCUCCAACUUUACCAUGUUCAUUGGCAACAAGACUUAUUAUGGAGAGGUCACAGGGAAAGACAAGAAACACAGCAGCGAUGACAAAGCAAGGCAGAAGAAACCUCCAGGUCCUACAGAUGGAAGGGAGAAUGGCUAUGAGACAUUCAAAGCUUCUGUCUUCAUUCCUCGCAAGAUGCAGGCCAAGUUCCUACUGCAUUAUGAAGAGCUUUUGCAAAGGAGACUGGGCAAAUAUGAGUACACGGUCAGCAUCCGACCCCAGCAGCUUGUGGGGAGGUUACGAGUAGAGGUCAACAUCCUGGAAAACUCAGGCAUAGUUUCACUGGAAGUGCCUCCUCUUCGAAACAGCAAGCAUAAAGGCAAUGGGAAAGUUGCAGGUGAUGUUUCUCCUCCUCCUUCUACUGUAGUUGGACACACCAAAACCUUAGCUAAAGUUACAUUCAAUCCCAGUGUUGUCGAGCAAACAAGGAUCGCCCGAAAUGGAAUUUUGGGAGACUUCAUAAUUAGAUAUGAUGUCAAAAGGGAGCUGAGUGUUGGGGAUGUUCAGAUCCUUAAUGGGUAUUUUGUGCACUACUUCGCCCCCACAGAUCUGCCUCCAUUGCCAAAGAACGUUAUAUUUGUGCUUGACAGCAGUGCUUCCAUGGUGGGAACAAAACUGAAACAGACUAAAGAAGCUCUCUUCACAAUUCUCCAGGACCUAAGGCCUGAAGACCACUUCAAUAUCAUUGGUUUUUCCAACCGAAUAAAGGUCUGGCAGCAGGACCAGCUGGUGCCAGUAACUCCAAACAACAUAAGAGAUGCCAAAAAGUACAUUCAUAACAUGUCACCUACUGGAGGGACUAAUAUUAACAGUGCUCUCCAGACUGGUGCAAAGCUGCUGAAUGAUUACAUUGCUCAGAAUGACAUUGAUGCCAGGAGUGUCUCUCUGAUCAUCUUCCUCACGGAUGGGAGGCCCACUGUUGGGGAAACACAGUCAUCCAAAAUCCUCAGCGACACCAAGAAUGCCAUCCGUGAUAAAUUCUGCCUCUUCACCAUUGGCAUUGGCAAUGAUGUGGAUCACAAGCUGCUGGAGAGGAUGGCACUGGAGAACUGUGGCAUGACUAGGCAUUUUCAGGAGGAUGAGGAUGCAGCCAGCCACCUCAAAGGGUUCUAUGAUGAAAUAGGAACACCCCUUCUCUCUGACAUCCGUAUUGAUUACCCUGAAGACAAUGUGGAGCAAGUCACCCAGAACUUCUUCCCUAACUACUUCAAUGGCUCUGAAAUUAUAAUAGCUGGCAAACUCAUCAAUCGCACCUCAGAUAGUCUCCAUGUGGAGGUGACUGCUAGCAACUCCAAGAAGUACAUUCUCCUCAAAACAGAUGUGGCUAUUGACCUUCCAAGUAGGAAUGACAUCAGAGGUAUUCCUGGCCUGGAAGAUAGCAAUGGUGAUAACAACUACAUAGAGAGGGCAUGGAGCUAUCUCACCAUCAAGGAAUUGCUUAACGCUCGGUUGAAGAGCGAUGACAAUCAGGAAAGAGAUAAUUUGAUGGAGAAAGCCAAGUCAAUGGCCCUGACUUACAAUUUUGUUACUCCCUUCACUGUUCUGAAGAUGAGGGAGGCUGGACUGGAUUCAGAACAACCUCAAGAGGAGUUAAUCAGCCCUUCCACUGAUGGCAUCGGUGAAAAGUUGCAGAGCUUGCAGGGACACAAGGCACCACCAGGUAUACGCAGACAGCAAGAUAAACAAAGAAUUAAAAUCUCCAAAACUUCAGCGGAUGGAGACCCUCACUUCGUCAUUGAUUUUCCUUCCAGCAAGUUCUCUGUCUGCUUCAAUAUAGAUGGAGAACCAGGAGACAUUCUCCGACUGGUCUCUGAUCAUAAGGAAUCUGGUGUAACUGUGAACGGGCAGUUAAUUGGAGCUCCUGCACCACCCAACGGCCAUAAGAAGCAUCGGACUUACUUCAGUACCAUCACCAUCCUCAGCAAUAAGCCAGAGAGGUCUUACCUGGAGAUCACACCCAAAAGAAUCAUCCUGGAUGAUGGGGAAAGACUUCUCCUGUCCUGUGAUCGGAGCGCCGUCGUGCGAAGCAGCAGCCUUGAGGUCUCCAUCUCUGCCAAUGCCAACAUCACUGUGACGAUAAGAGGCACAAUCAGCUUCGUCAUCCUCAUCCACCAUUACAAGAAGCCAGCCCCGUAUCAGAGGAAUCACCUGGGAUUCUACAUCUCCAACAGCAAAGGUCUCUCUUCUGACUCCCACGGGCUACUGGGUCAGUUCUUGAACAACGAAGUUAAACUUCUUCAGGAAUCCCUAAACACAAGUCAUCAGCAGGUUGGUCAGAACCAAACCAAAGCAUUAAAGCCAAACCCUACAAACACCCUGAAAGUGAAGGGCAGGCUCAUUCCUGUGGUGUGGAAGCAGAGGAGGAUCUACAAUGGGCAGCAGGAAGUUGACUGCUGGUUUGCCAAAAACAAUGCAGACAAACUGAUCGAUGGGAGCUAUAAAGACUAUUUGGCUUCCCAUCCUUUUGACACAGGAACCAGCUUUGGGACAAUUAACAGCCUUUAAGACUGACCACAGCAAAGCACUGUAGCAGCAUGUGUGACAGUGGUUCCCUUCUGAAGCCUCUAGAGCUAGGAAUCUUACGAGUAUUUCUUUACUUUAUGGUGCCAAAGAAACCAAGGCUUUUUGCCUUUGGAAAUCAGCACUCUCUCUUUCAUGCUAGAUGAACAUUGUUUCUCAAAGUCCUGAAGACAUGGAGGUUGCAGGGGGAAGGGUUGAGGACAUGGUUAAAGGCAUGAUUGGUGCUCUCCCAGUGGAAGGGGAGGGAGAAAUGGGCCAGCACUUGUAUCUAACAGUGCAGAGAGCAGCUGGCCUGAAAAUAAACCCAUGUGGGGAUCUGUGCAAUACCCCAGGGGCUGGUGAGGCCCUCAGUAAGAGGCACAGAGCACAGUGCCUAUCUAGAGAGGUGAUACACUUUGCAAACAAGUGACUGGUCCAGCCACGGUCCCUGGGGAAAGAAGAGAGAGAGAAGAGAGGUAGGUGGAUAUCCAUCUGCAGUGACCCACUAGCAUCAAAGAGGUAACAAAGAACUCAAAACCUUAAAUCAACAGGCCACAACAGGGUAUUGCUUUCUUGGUAAUUGGGAUGGAAUCUGAAUUUGCCACCAAGCAUGAUGUUCCCUCAACUGCUACAGCCCUUUAAACCAGUGGUGAAAACCUUCAUUGCUGUUGCAGUGCACAGGCUGCAUGUUUAGAAAGCACCUCUGGCCAGCAACAGGAGUUGUGCAGGCACCCAUUCCAUGAAGCAUCUCAUUUAAAUCACAUUGCAAGUUCAGUGAUUUGUUGAGUCUUGACUCUCUCAGAGAGAAACAAAGUUCCCCUGUAAACUUCCAGCAGACUUGCCACCUCCUUGAGCAGCAGCACUUCUGCUUAGCAGAGAUUUAAAUUCUCUAAAGGAUGAUGAACCAGCACCCAGGAUAGCUUAUGACCCUACAAAACAACCUAUUGAAUUUAGACUAGACACUUCUAGCUGCUUUUCUAAUCGAGGAGGAAGUCUUUAUUUAUUCCAAAUUGUCAGAAAUUUUUCAUCCCAAUUUCCCUGGCUCCUUCUUCUUCCUUACACAGCAGGAAUCUGGCAGCAGGAGGUUACAGAAGGGUCUGCCAGCCACCCCCACUGCAGGUGGUGCUGCUCUGCAAAGAAAGCUCCAAACCCAGGCUGCAAGGCUGUGGUCUAUUUAAAGUGAGGCAACACUGAAUAAAGCUGUAGAGCAGCCACAGGGGAGUUUGCUUAGUAAAGAACUUGGCCAGAGAGGACUUUGACAACCACAAAGACAUUUACAUGCCAAGGCCAAACUGAGCUCAUGUAUUCCAGGACUGAAAGCAAGGAGGGCGGGUGUGGAAGCAUCUCCAGGAGCUAAAUGAUACCCAUGUGUUAGAAAAAAACAGAGUUGCCAAAGACCUACAGAAAUAGGUUCAAUCUUGACUGAUUUUUUUUUUUUUUUUUCGUAUUUAAAAAUUAAAUAAUAUUGUUGCUGA